AUGUAUAAGUUUGAUAAAAAAAAGAAAGAUGAAGAAACUAAAGUGACACAUAAUCUAAAAAAGUUUGUAUUUAAAAAUGAAUUUAAAUAUGUUGAUGCUACGAAUGCUUUAAAAAAUAUUUUCUUAAAAGACAAGAAAAAUGAAGAAUCUACGAAAAAAGUGAAACCACAAAAGAGGAUUGUUGUAAAUAAGAAGUUAGAGGAUUUCGUUAAACAUAAAAAAAAUAUAAAAGAAAAUGUAUUAGGAAAAGAAAAUAAUAAAAAGGAACUUUCAAUGAAAAUUCAAAAUAAAGGUUUCAAAAAAUAUAGCGAAGAAAGCAACCAAGUAAAUUAUAAAUAUGAUAUAAGGAAAAUGUCUGAAAAUUGUAGGGGAAGCAAGGUAUACACUCCUGUAAACUUUGAUCAAAAAAUUCCAGAGUCAAGAAAAGUCGAUAUGGCAAUUGUUAGGGGUAGGAAAAAGAAAAUUUAUUCCUCAUCAGAAGAGGAGGACAUAGAAGAUGAAGAAGUCAAAGAAGAUAUAGAAGUAGUUGAAGAGGAAGUAGGCGAAGAAGUAGAAGAGGAAGUCGAAGAAGAGGUCCAAGGAAAUAUAGAAGAAGGAGAUGAAGAAAUUGUAGAAGAAGAGGUGGAAGAUGAAAAUGAGGAGGAAUACGAAGAGUAUGAAGAAUACGAAGAAUAUGAAGAAUAUGAAGAAUAUGAAGAAGUAGAAGAAUGUGAAGAAGUUGAAGAAGUAGAGGAUGAUGAAGAGACCGGUGUUCAUAAAAAGAAUGUGAAAUAUUCAUAUGCGAUUGAGGAAAAAGUUCAAAAUGAAAAUGUUGAAAAUGAUGACAUUGAUGAAUGUGAUAAGAUUAAUACGAACAGGGAACAAAAUAGUGAUUAUACACCUGAAGAACAAGACGACUAUGAUACAAAUGAGAAUCAAAAAGGGGGCCAAGAUAAAAAUAAAGGCAAAUUGGAAAACAAUGGAAAUGUGCUAAAAAGCGAUUUUGUUAACUUACAAACAAAUGAAAAUAUUAAUAACAAUUCUGAGGGUAACGAUAUUUUUUCAUUACAAAAAAUAAAUGUUUAUGAAACAAAAAAGGAAGAUGUACAUUCAAAAGGGGAUAAUCAACGAAAUUGUGAGAUAGAAAAUGCUUUUAUGAUUUUAAAGGAUAAAAUAAAAACAACAAAUGUGGAAUACUUAAAACUCUUAAAUAAGAUCAUGGAAGGAUUAUUAGAACAUGAAAACUUUUAUAAAAGUAUUAAACAAUUUUUGAAGAAAUAUUAUGUGUAUAAUGAUAUAUAUAUUGAUGAAGAAUUUUUUCAUGAUUUUUUAUUAGAAGAGGAAGAUAAUAAUUAUGAAAUUCAAUAUAAAAAAAAAACGUUAAGAGAUACCAAUAUUAUUGAAAAAAUAGAAGAUAAUAAUACGGAUAAUAUAUCUGAAGGGUUAAAUACUCAAGAGACUGAUAUAUACAAACGUAUUGAAGAUCACGAUAUACAGAAAUAUAAGGAUUGUUACAAUAAUAACGAUCAAGAUAAUAAGAAUAGUUAUAAAGAUAUGGAAUCAAAGAAUAUACCUCUAAAACAAGAAAAUAUGAAGGAUGAAAAUGAAGAAAUUUUAAGUGUUGAAAAUGUAAACAAAAUUAUACAGAAAGGUGAACAGGAAAAAAUGGAGAACGAAAAAGCAGAAGACCUGAAUAUUUAUGAAGAUGAUAGUAAUGAUGAUGAAGAGGAGGAGGAUAGAAGUAAGAAAGAUAUAUGUUCGAGAGCUAGUGAAGAAAAAGAACAGAAAAUUGACAAAGAGGAAAAAGAGAUUAAAAUAAAUGAUAAAUCAAAAAAUGAAGAUGAUAAGGAACAUGAAGAAAGUAAAAGUGACUAUUACAGUGGUGAUAGUAGUGGACUCUCAAGUAGUAAAACUGAGAGUAAUUAUGAACAAAAUGAAAACGAUAAAAAUAAAGAAAAGAAAGAUAAUAUUAAUAAUGAUAGUAUUAAAAGUAAAGAAGAAGAAAAGGAAAAUAUAAAAUCAAGUGAAGAAGAAAGUGAAGAAAAAAGUGAUGAAGGAAGUGAUGGAGAAAGUGAAGAAAAAAAUGAUGAAAAAAGUAAAGAAGAGAGCGAUAAUAAAAGUGAUGAUGAAAGUGAUAAUGAAAGUGAUGAUGAAAGUGAUAAUGAAAGUGAUGAUGAAAGUGAUGAUAAAAGAGAUAAUAAAUGUGAUGAUAAAAGUGAUGUUAAAAGUGAUGUUAAAAGUGAUGUUAAAAGUGAUAAUGAAAGUGAUAAUGAAAGUGAUGAUAAAAGUGAUGAUAAAAGUGAUGAUGAAAGUGAUGAUGAAAGUGAUUAUGAAAGUGAUGAUAAAAAAGAUAAUAAAUGUGAUGAUAAAAGUUCAAAUAGGAGCCUUAGCGAAAGUACAAGUUCAGAUGAAAAUAAAAACAUCAUUGAUGACAAAAAUAAAAAUGAAAAUACAUCCGAAAGUGAGAGUGAUAACGAUAAUAAUGAUGAAAGUGAUAGUACACAUGAUAAUGAUAUUGAAAGUAAAAAGAAAAUUCGCUGUGAUUUUAAAGGUGAUCGAGAAACGGAAGGUAAAAAUGAUAUCAAUAGUGACAAUGAAAAUAAAGUCAAAAAUUAUUGUGAGAACAUAAGCAAAUGUGGUAGUCAAAGUGACGGAGGAGUUGCAUCUAAAAAUGAUAAGAAAUCUGAAGGAACAAAUAAUAACAAUGGUAAAAGCCAAAAUGAUAGUCAAAGUAGUAGCCAAAGUGACAGUCAGAGUAGUAGCCAAAGUAGUAGCCAAAGUGGUAGCCAAAGAGGUAGCCAAAGUGACAGUCAAAAUGAAAGUCAAAGUGAUAGCCAAAGUGAUAGCCAAAGUGAUAGCCAAAGUGAUAGCCAAAGUGACAACCAAAGCGAAAGUGAUAUCCAGAAUGAUAGCAGUAGUGAAAGCUAA